AUGGCAAAAAAACAAAAAAAUAAAAAUGGCAUUGAUCGUCCCAUUUCUUUUGCAGACAAUGUAAAUACAGUUUAUGGGAUAAUACAAAGCCCACUUGGACAGGGACAAUUUGUGGUUGAGUGUUCUGAUUCUAUCAAGCGUAUUGCUAAAGUAAGGGGAAAAGACUAUAAAAGAGUGUGGAUUCAACCAAAUGAUAUUGUUUUGCUUAGCUUAAGAGAAGGGAAUAAUGAAAGGGCUGAUAUUGAAAUAAAAUACAUGCAGAAAGAAAUUAAAAUUUUAAAAGAUAAUGGCUACAUAGAAGAUACUUUUACAAAUGCUAGUAAUGAUAAUAUAAAGAUAGAUUUUGACAGAAUAUAA